AAGGAACCGUUCAUAUAAUCUGUUCAAAUCAUAUGUUUUCGCCAAAGUUUUUUGAAAACAGUGAUUUGAAUCAAAACUUGUUAAAUAAAAUCAACGAUGCUUCUAUCUGGAAUUUAGCAAUCCUAAAAUUCAAGCAAGUAAAAAAAAUAUGGAACAAAAAAAAUCCACAGCGACUGAUGAUGAAAUGAGUGCAUUGGAAUGGAUUGAAUUGCAGAAAACCAUCGAUGAUUAUAGUAAAACGGAAACAUUUUUCCAAAAAGCUAAACGCCGAACAUUGGAAAAUCCUAUCGCACCACUUGGUUUUCUCGGUGCUUGCGGUUUUUUAACAUACGGUUUACGUGCAUUAAAUCGUGGUGAUUCUCGUCAACAACAAUUAAUGAUGAGAGGUCGUGUCAUUGCACAGGCCAUCGGAAUCGGUUCGAUUAUGAUCGGUUUAUGGUUAGCGGCUAGAAAUGAAUCAAAAUAGAAAUCCUCCAUAUAUAUUAUUUGUUUAAAUUCAUUGUAAAUUUCGUUGUUUUAUAAUUGAAAAAAUAAGACAAUUCUUUAAUUUGUUUUCUUUAAAAAAUGGUUAUUGUUUUUUUUAAAAACAUCCAAAUUAAACAACCGUUAUAGUUCCA